AUGAGUCAAGAACGAGAUGAAUCGGUUGAUCGAAGUAAGAGUAGAUCACCAAGUCGUCAUGAUUUUUUAGUGAAGCUUCAUGGUUUGUCGCAUUCAUCGAAUAGAGACGAUAUUAAAAAAUUUCUGUAUCCGUGCCGUAUUGAUACACUUCAUUUAUUUGAUAACAAUGGUACUUCGCCAAGUGAUUGUUUCGUUGAUUUGGAAUCAGAGAUAGAUGUUAAAGAUGCAUUAAAGAAAACAGGCCAAUAUUUAGAUAGAAAAUAUAUUGAAGUUUUUCGAGCGACUAUUUAUGAAUUCAACUUUCAUGUUAAACACAAAGGUUUGGUUUCAUGGCGUGAACCUGUUAUUCGAGUGAGUGGCCUUCCAUUUGGUUGUACGAUGGCUGAUGUGCAAAAUUUUUUCGAAAAUACUGAAAUAGCAAAAAAUGGUAUUUAUAUAACACGAGAUAUGGCAGACAAAGCGUUGGGUGAUGGUUUUGUGGCCUUUGUUACUAUGGAUAAUGCUUACAAAGCAAUGGAUAUGCAUAAUCAUAAAUAUAUUCAACACAGGUAUAUUGAAUUAUUUCCAUCAACCUAUGAUGAAGCAAAACGAAGAAUUAUGAGUGAUGCUCGAUCAAACGCUCGACAAUUUGUCGGUGACGAUGAAGAGGAGGAAAAUAAAAAAAUUAUUAAUAAUAACAAUAAUAAUACUAAGCGAAACGGUCGAAGUCGGAGUCGAAGUCGACAAAGAUCACGAUCGAGAAGUCAAGAUUAUCGUCAACGAGAAAUAAAACGUCAUCAUUCACCAGUAGUUCCUUCUCCUGUUCGAUCACAUGUUUCAUCAAAAAGUGGAAAUCAACGAUCCCUGAAUAGUUCUCGUCAUCGCAGUCGUAGUAGAAGUGUAGCACGUCGUUCAUCAUCAAGAAAUGUAGAGCAUCUUGUUAAAAUUCGGGGUAUGCCUUAUACUAUUGUUGAAGAUGAUAUUCGAAAGUUCUUUCCCGAAACUUGUCAACCAUCACGUAUCGAAAUUUUACAAGAUCGCCGUAUGAAACGACCAAAUGGAAAUGCCUAUCUUUAUUAUAAUACGCUCGAUGAAGUUAAUGAAGCGCUUCAAUAUGAUCGAAAAUAUAUGGGUAGUCGUUAUGUUGAAAUUUAUUUCGAUUCGCCUCGUUAUUCAUCAUUAAGUAAUCGACGAAAGAAACCCGAUAGUAUAUCUCGACGUUCAUCCUGUUCGCCACCAAAAUCAAAACAUAAUCGCUAUAGUCGAUCAAGAAGUGACUCGAUGAAUUAG